AGUUUGUUUACAAAAUACAAAAACUAGCAUUUUUCUUUAUUUCGUUACUGAGAAAUUAGAAAAUAUUCAAAAUAACUAUAAAUUAUGGACGGUGAAAUAGAUUUAGUUUCCAAAUUACCUACCAAAAACCUUAUCGACCCCAAUGGCUUUGAUGUUACUAUGAGCGCAGUGCUAAUAGGUCUAGGCGCCGAAAAAUACCUCGAUAUAUUUAGAAAGCAUAAUAUUGGGCAAUGCACACUAAUUGAACUGACGGAUGAAGAUUUGGUAAAAUUAGGUGUCGAUGAUCCACAUAUUAGAUUAAAGCUGUUAGAGGAAGUGAAAAAUCUACCGAUUUACGAGGAAACUGACCAUACAACAAUAAGCCCUAAUUUAAAUCUCAUUGAAAUAAUAGAGGUUUUGGAAGAGAGCACCCAGCAUAUGUACAGGAUCUACCUAAGUAUGGUGACUAAUACAUUGGCGUUAAAAAAGAAACGAUCUCCUGAUUGUUUGAUAUACAAGGAUAAAUAUGCAUCACACAUUGCCAUUACCACACUGAGUCAUAUGACAAAUGUAUUGAACUCAAUGGAGAUUGAGUUGCACACUCAAUUUAAGGCCAUAUCAAAAGAGACACAAAACAAGACUACUAAAAAACUUUUAGUUGGGACUAUGGGCAGUGCAGUGAUAGCUGUGUUAGCAAUUUAUUUUGUCCGAUCAUUAAAACAGUUGCAAUAAGUUUUUUAAUUAUUAUUAAGUAAGUAUGUUAUUCAAAUUAAGCCACGCAGUGUUGCCUACCUCCAUUAAUAAUAGUUUCAAAUAAAAAAUACUUCAUCAAAGGCCUAUAUUUCGUCAGUA